AUGCUCACCCUCACCACCCAGCUCUUCCGCAAAGAGAACCCGCUACGCCAACGCAGCCACUUCCACCCAUUCAAACUCCCACCGCCUCAACAAUUCCAACUCCACAAUUCACCCUCCCCCCUUCCCGGUCAUACUCCUCCCGGGGGGCAUCAAAACAACAACAACCCGCCAUCAACCCCGCGCCGUAGCACCCGCCGCUCCUCCCUCGCCUUAGCCCACGACCUGGGCGAACAACUCGGCAACGCCUCGGAAUCCCCGCUCACGCGCUCGCGCGCCACCUUUCUAGGUCAGCAGCUGAACCAGCUACCCGCGCACCUGCAGCAGGACGUGAUCAGCCACGCGCCGCGGUCGGUGCAGGCUAUUAGUCCGUUGCUGUUCUUGCAGAACUGGAGACCGGAUAACUGGGGAGAUGUGCUCAGGGAGAGGGUGAGCAGGAUGACGCCGUAUCAUCAGGGACUGCUGGUGCAGUUUGCUGAGAAGACGGAGAGGAAGGGAUGGCUUGAGGAUCAAGAUGAGGGCGCGGUGGGGAAGAGAAGGUGGAGGAGUGAUCCUUGA